AUGGCUACGCCUCAUCCUCACACAGGUCCUGUUGGGCCUGACACUCCCAUUACUGUCAAGGUCAUCAUCGACGGCACAAACAGGAGAUUUAAGUUGCCUCUUCGUGACCUCGGUGCCACUGUGCUUCCUCAGAAGCUUCGAACCUUGCUUGCCAUUCCUCCCGAGCAGGAGGUCCGCUUCGACCGAUUCUCCGACUCCGCCGGAACCUAUAUCACACUUGAUAGCAGUAACCCGGCUGUCUACAAGCAACUCUAUCGGGCAGCAAAGGCCAAACUCAAGCUACGUCUGAUGGCUACCCUCGAAAGAAAGCCUUUGAAGGGACAACUGGCUGCUAACAUGGCGAUGGACCUGACAAAGCUCACCGUUUCCCUCCCGGAAUCGAGAAAUACCUUUCUCGAGACUGUCCUGUCUCAACCCGUGGGCAACGGCGCGGCACCAUCUUUCAAGUCCUUCCAAAAGACUUGUCAAUACUCCCCAAUGUGUGCCAUACCAGGUGCCUUUGAUCUUGACGUCAGCAACAGCGAGCAACCGGCCAAAGCCGCUUCUCUGUACAGCAGCAAGGAUGUCUACAGCCUGCCUACUCUUCCCCAGAUGAGCGACUUUCCGACCGAUUCAUACACCGUUGACUGCAACCACUGCGGCUCGUCCGUUCCAAACGAGCAUUACCAUUGCGGUAUCUGCGAGGGCGGUGACUUCGACCUCUGUAAAGCUUGCAUUGACGCAGGGAUCACCUGCGAUGGAGACGAGCACUGGUUGCUCAAGCGAACCAUUCUCAAUGGAAUUGUUGUCCCUAGUACCACCGAGACUCUCCCUCCCAAGAAGCUCUCCAAGAGCCCAACCGCAGAGUUGGUCACCCCCAUCGGUCCUGAGCAGGAUGGUGAUGAUUUGACCUGCAACUCUUGCAUCUGCCAAAUGCCCGCUCGCGACUUUGUCACCUGCCAGGAAUGCCCUGACUAUGACCUUUGCCUAUCUUGCUUCCGCGAUAAUGAGCAUGGCCAUGACCCUUCGCACAAUUUCAAGGCACAAGAGCCCGAGGCUGUCAAAGGAGACAUGGCCAUCAAGGCUCUCUGUGUUCCUGGACGUGGCGUCCGUCAUGAAGCUAUCUGCGACGGCUGCAAUCAAGGUGUCUACGGUGUUCGACACAAAUGCCUGUCUUGCCCUGACUUCGACUAUUGUGCGACUUGCAUUGCUACUGCUGGCGAGAAGCACCCCGGCCAUCGGUUUGCACCAAUUUACACACCGAUAGGUAUCAUGCGUGUUACAAAGCCGACCCACCGUGGUAUCUACUGCGACGGCCCCUUGUGCACAUCCUACAAGGGUUACAUCACUGGCGACAGAUACAAGUGUGCUGUCUGCCACGACACCGACUUCUGCGCUAACUGUGAGGCUUUGCCCAACAAUGGCCACAAUGCAAGCCAUCCUUUGAUCAAGAUGAAGCUGCCAAUUCGUCACGUCUCCAUCACUACCCAACACGAUAGUGAGAAUGGCCAGAAGACCGCGCAGUUGGGAGACCGACCGAUGGCCAAGCAUGCGGCUACCGAGACGGCCCGAUCCACUUCUACGAACGCCGCGACCCAGGUGCAAACUGUCGCAGAGGUCAGUCCUACUGAGGUUAUCCCUGCGAUGGUUGAGAUAUCCCGAUCGAAUGAGAUCCCACCCAUCGCGCUAACCCAGAAAGACCUCCAAGCCUGGUAUGUCAGUGACUCGACUCCCGAUGGCACUAAGAUCGCGCCCAACCACUUCGUCUCUCAAUCCUGGACUUUGCGUAACCCAGGCCCCGAUUUAUGGCCAGCGGGCUGUGCUGUAUACUACAUUGGUGGUGACGAUAUGCGUAACCUCGAUGUACACCACCCGUCUAGCGUGAGUGCUAUGACCAUGGCCAACCGCAGCAAUGUCCUAGGUUCUCCUCUUGAACCUGGCAAGACCGCAGUCUUCACAGUUCUCCUCAAGUCCCCUGCUCGCGAGGGACGAGCCAUCUCCUAUUGGCGUCUCAAAACCCCAGGUGGUGUCCCGUUCGGUCACAAACUCUGGGUUGACAUCGAGGUCCGCUCAACUCCGAUCGAGCUGCCGAUUCGCUCUCACAUCUUGCCACCUGCCCCGGUUACGGUCGAAACGGUCGACGAGCCAAGAGGGGAUGACAAGUCACAGGACAGCUCAACCAUGAUCUUCCCUAAGCUCGAGAAGGAAUCUCCAAUCUCCAGUGUGCACGAUGUCCGUGAAGGACAGGCUGAAGAGGCACCGGCGGCCGUGAUGGAGCCUACGACCAAGACCGAGGAGCAAGAACUACUUGAAGAUGUCGAGAGUCUGGAACUGGAGGAUUCCGACAGUGACGAUGAAGACUUCCUGACUGACGAGGAAUACGAUAUCUUGGAUGCGAGUGAUGAGGACUUGUUGUCGGAGGGGCAUCGCUCUGUGGCCAAGUGA